AUGGCUCGGAGGUCGGGCCCCCGCCUACUGGACUGGAUCAACACCCCGUCUCAUCUACAGUUCAACCCGUUCAUCCUGACAGGAUACCGGCCCGCCAGCAGCAUCUCCGGGUGUGUGCGCAGCCUCUUCUACCUACACAAUGAGCUCGGUAACAUCUACAUCCACGCUUUGGCCCUCCUGACCUUCUUGGUGAUGCUGCCCCUUACCAUCCCCUGGGACCAACUGGGCUGGGGCCACUGGCUGGGCUGUACCCACUUCUUGGCCUGCCUGGCACCCCCUGCUGGUUCUGUUCUCUAUCACCUCUUCAUGUGCCACCGGGGGGGCAACCGGGUCUACUCCCACCUCCUGGCCCUGGAUAUGUGCGGGGUCUGGCUAGCCAACAGCCUCGGAGCCAUCCCCAUGAUCCAAUGCACCCUGGUCUGCUGGCCUUCCCUGCGCCUGUUCACCCUAGUGAUGUAUGCCUUCCUGUCCGUCAUGGCUGGUUGGCGGGCCCUCACUGCUUUGUCCACUACCGCCCGUCUCCAGGCCUUUGGAUGGCAAGCCAUCGCCCGCCUGCUGGUAUUUGGGAUCCGGUGGUUAGGGAUAGGCACUGGCGCCCCGAGGUCCCUGCUGUGCUACCUUCGAAUGGAUGCGCUGGCUCUCCUGGGAGGACUGGUGAACGUGGCCCGGCUGCCCGAGCGCUGGGGGCCCGGGAUUUUUGAUUAUUGGUGUAACUCCCACCAGAUCAUGCACUUCUUAAGUGUGAUCUCCAUCCUACAGAUGCAUGCAGGGGUCGUACCAGAUCUAGUCUGGGCUGCUAGCCAUGAUUAUGCCUGCCCUGAAGACUAA